GUCAAGCAGCCCUCGGUCUGAACUGGGAGGAGCUGUGAAACGCUACUGUGGCCUUUUCAUUUUUGUGCCGAUGGCUACGUUUUGACAAAUAUUUCGACCUCGACGAGGUAAUGACUGUUGUCUAGAGAGAGCGGGAUGCGGCAUACGCAAGUGCACCGCUGGGAACCUAUGUUGGACUGAUUUGGGGACAGAUUAGUGGUGACAAUGGAAUAUUGGAAGAAUCACGUGCGCUCUCGACUGCAUCAGAGGGACCAAGCUGAGAAACUCCCCUAUGUUGGUGUUUUUACGAGCUUGUCUCAGCUGGAAGAACGUUUUGAAAUUCGCACACAAAUCCUGGAUGAUGUUCAGUUGAAGAGUUCAGAGCGAGGUGGAGUUGAAUCUGGGCAAAACACCAGGGUCCUUCUACUGCAGCUGAGAGAGACUGAACACCUGGCAGAAAAGCUUUCUCAGACUGUCUCUGACCUAUCCGCCGUCCUGUAUCUGAAAGAGGCUGAGCUGCAGUUCUGGCAGUCACGUGUGGUCCAGUACCGUCAAGAGGCACUUACCCUGGCUAAAGGGAGAAACACUGUGAAGUGGACCCUUUUAGAUGUUGAGUUCACCUUAGAGUGUCAAACCAAAGAGUUGGCCGCCCUGCGAGCGGAGCAGGAAAGACUAAAGGAAACACUGGCACAAGCUCUGCGAGAGAAAGAGGAACUCCUGCAACGAUGGAUGGAGGAGAAGAGGGAGGAGGCAGAGAGGUUGAAUAAAUACAACGACGCACAGGAAAGGUGGCAACGCUUGGCCAAAAAGCUGAAGAAGCACCUCCAUAAAGAAAUGGAAAAAACCUCACUUGUAGAGGAAAAAAAGGAUUGUCCGUUCAGUAUGUGAUGCAGGAACUUUGAUCAAUGAGUAACUGUGAGUGAGGACACUAGUUUGUUAUCAGUGUCAAUAUUUUUAAUUUGCCUAAAAUGUGAUUUAAACUUCUAUCAUAACCUCUAAAUAUAUUGUUAAAUUUAGACUUUGUAGAGUGCCUCAUUAUUAUUAAGGAUUGGAGACAAAAAGACUUGAACAGGAGAUUGUCCUAAACUAAAUCCCUGUGAUAUUCUGGUUUGAUCCAUAGACUAUAUGGUUUGAUCAUAGUUGUGCAGUGUCACACACACACACACACACACACACACACACACACACACACACAAUGCACAAUACCAUGUGAAAAUAUCAGCUUUAAAAGAAAGAGCUCAGACCUUACAGUUUCACCCUGACUUGCCCUCAAAAUCACAGUAGUUUGUCUACUUUUAUGACCUUGUACAUAAAAAAUGGCACUGUUAUAGCCUGAGCCAUAACAUCCAAGUCUGAAAUACUGUGUAUGUACAGUAAAUGCAUACACCAUACAUGGUUAAUGUUGGGGUUCGAUAAUAUUUUUUAUUCUCAAGUAAUGUCAGUUAACUUAUUUCAUGUGGACUUUGUCCUGAUCGGCACGUCUCAUAUAGAAUUUUUAAAACCCUUCGAAUGAAACGAGUGAAACAUUUUUCAGUCAAGGCUUGGGAUUCAUGACCAUGUGCUUACGCUAACAUUUAACUGCGUUUAUUUGCUCAGAAAAUGAUGUGAAUCGUUUUUUUCUCCAUAUGGGAUCUUUAUAGUUUACCUUUUAACAUGUUUUAAAAUGGCAUCUCUCAUUAAUAAUGAAACCAAAACAAAAAAAUGAUAAGUUUAAUGUAAGUUAAUGCAAUUGUUUAAUAUACUCUUAAGUUGAACAUGUCAUGUAUCAUGUAAAAUUCAGUUUCUACAUCGCUGUGGCAAUUUGAUCUCUGUUUCCAGGUUUGUUUUGUAGCAUGUUUCCAUAGUGACCAGCAGCAGCGGUUGUUGAAUAAUUUCACUGAGGAAGCAACAUGCCUACAGGGAGACUGCUAACCCAUCCACUCGAGAGUAUGUAUCCAUACUGAAGCAGUGUGAUCCUCCUGCCGUCUUCUGAAUUAAAUACAGUUUAUGAGUUGGUCUUCCAUUAUUUUUUUAUUUGUAGCUGAUGGAAUGUUGGAAUGUUAGUCUCCAAAAUGUAUUGACAAGUGCAUAUUGCAGUUUAUUCUCCUGGUCCUCCAUUGCUGGCGUUUCUCUUAACUAUUUAACAUUAGCAGGCUACACAACAUAUGUCACUA